AUGACAUCUAAAGAGGAUGAAUAUAGGGAGAAGAUUAAAGUUUUAGAUUCUAAGGAUAGAGAACUUAAAGAACGAGAACGCAUUCUUGAAUAAAGAAUUAAGGAUGAGCAUGAUAAAAUGGCUCAGGAUAAAAUAAAGAAUCUGAUAAGAUUAUCUCUCUAGAAAACUAGAUACAGUAGUUGA